AUGGUCGUUGUGGGGCUCGAAACCGGGAUCGCAAGAUUAACGGUGGGGCAACCGGAACCCCCGCGGACUCGAGGGAGGCCAAACUCGCACCGAACCGAGACGCGGACGCACCCUGCGUCUGCGGGUGGUGCACAUUAUCCGGGUGGUUUCCUCAGCCCCUUCUCCUUGUUCAACAUCAAUUCUAGGCCAGAAAGCUCGCGCACCGUACAAAUGCCUCCAAGACCGCGACGAGUCAGCGCAAAGACUGCUGCCUCACCCAGUUCACGAGUAGAUCAUGGCAAUUCGGAAAGAAAAUCAGAGAAGGUCUACUUGGGACCCGACCUCCCACUGGAAGUGUGGGAGCAGGUGUUUGAUCUGCUGGCAUGGGACGGAUGGCUAGGCACGCUGCGGAAUUGCGCACUGUCAUGCAGACUGUGGGCGCCGAGGUGCGGGUGGCAUCUGGCGGGGGAGGUGGUGGUGCGCAACCGGAGACACGGACACCGAGUGGCGAAGGCAAUGGCGGCGCCCUAUCGAGCCAGUCUGGCCAGGGCGAUAACGCUAACCCUGCCAGUAGGAUUCAUCGCGGGGCGCCCCAGUUUGUCCGUUGCCGCGCUCAAGAUCGGCAGUCAGUUGCGCGGCCGCGCAUUCUGGGAGGCGACGGUGCUGCAUGUCGACGUCUUCGCCCACCUGCGGAUGACAUUCCCCAACGUGACCCGCCUCACUCUGGACUUCGUCGUCUUCCCCUCCGCGGUCGUCUUUGCCCGCCUCGUGUACUCGUUCCCGCACCUCGCCCGCCUUGCGUGCUACUCGGUCAGCUUCAGGACCCGCGGCCGUUCUGUGCGGGGGCGUGCGCUGCCCCCCAAAGGGUUCGCACUGGCGGACCUCGAGCUGUGUGCUUCUGUUGAUGUCGUUGACUUCCUUGUCGACUCUUCUGCCGGCCCCGGUCUCCACCGCAUCAAGUGCGAGGACCUGAGCCAAACCGACGUGUACCGCCUGGUCGACUGUGCCGGCGCGUCCCUUCGCUCGCUCAACUUUACUUGCGCCAAGUGGAGGCAUCACACGCCAAAACUAGACCUUGGCGGUCUUCUCGGCUUGGAAUCUCUCGCCCUCACCCUCGAUGUCCCAGAACGCCAUCCGGGCCUGGAUGGAGCCGCUUUCUGGGCUCAGCUCGGUGUUGUUCUGCCUGCGUCUGCACAACCUCAGCUCCAGACACUCACCGUAAGCGUUAACACAGGUGUGAUGUACGACGAGAACGGCGUACAGGGCGUACUCCGGGUCCUGGAUACGCAGAGCCCCGCGGACGACGCCUGCGCACACAUCGACGACCUGCUCACUGCCCCCGCAUAUUGCCGUUUACAAAGCGUUUCCUUUAGGUUGCUGUACCACAACUCCGUUUCUAAUUACCACUGGCAUGCUCCCCAUUCACGCACCCAACAAUUGUGGCACCAGCACCUCUCCUGUCUAUUCCCCAAGAUCAGCGCCCACCAAUUGCUUCGAAGCUCUGUCGAAAUGCGCGACCUCCGUAUGUAUCUCCCAGAGCUCGGGUUUUGGAGAUAG